CCACCAAGGCUCUCCAAACACCUGCCAGCGGUAUAUGAGGUUUGCAGACAUCUGCCAUAACACCAAGCUUUUUUGGGGCGAAGACCGGCGACCAAACUUGAGCGCCAGGGUCCCCAGUCGCGAGCACAGCAGCUCAGCAAUAUGGCGGAUAGGUUCCCUCCCCCGCCUAUGAAGGCGACACAGGAGCAAAUGGACGCUGCUGAUGUCCCGUAUCACUAUCGGGACUACUGCGCACAUAUGUACAUUGAUUAUAAGGAGUGCCGCCUCACUAGUGGCUUCUCGUGGCGCACGAAGUGCGCCCACGAGCUGCACGCCUACAACAAGUGCGAGUACAAGGAGUUCAAGCGCCGCGUUGCCAUCGCCAUCGAGGAGAAGCGGCGCCGGGGCCUCAUCGCCGCAUAAACAGCCCGGGGGGCUGGCAGAAACGGCAGGGUCAACGGGAGCUGGGCGGAGCUGCAGGAUCAGGGUCGAGCAAUUGCAAUUGCAAUUGCGGACGAGCGGUGCCAGCGGUGCCAGCGGUGCCAGCGGUGCCAGCGGUGCCAGCGGCUGCACUGGGAUGGCGCUUGCGCCAGGGGGCACCCAGACCGACGCAGGCGCAAGCUAUUGGUCGUGGGGCAUGGCCGCAUGCGGUGUUGCGGCGUGGAGGUAGCUGCCAAUGUGGGGGGGGUGAGCUCGCGCUUGCAUGGAUGCGCUCGGCCAGUAGGACUGAUGCGGCGCAUCCUGCGCGCGCUCAAAGGACGCGCGUGGCGCCGUGGGGUGCGCGCGCGCAUGUGCUCGGGGCAUGCUGCAAGACAUAGGCAAUCGUAGCUGAAAGGCGGCCGACGGUGAAUGGCUGUCGCCUGCUGUGCAGGCUGCAGACGCGGCGUUGAGGUCACGAGGCGGUCUUGGCCGGGUGCCGGUGCGGGCCUUGGCAGAGAAGGUGAAGCCAUACGUUGCCAAGUGCGCGUGGGCUUGGCAGUGCCAGCAGGCGUAUCCGCAACGAGCUUAUCAAAAUACUGAGAUUAGGCUGCUGAGGUUUUAGGGAUUGUAGGUGCUAGAUGCUAGGAACUUGCCGGGUGUUCAAGGCGUCGACAGGGUGGGCACGGGUUGCUUGCGGCAGGGUGCUUCACACGUGAAAUGCGGAGACACGGCUGUUAGCCCAAGUACAGUGCAUGGCAAGGCUUUUCUUGUAACAUACAUAGUGC